CAGGCCAUCGCUUCAGGCGACUUCGACUUUCAUUCUGGAACACUUUCCGUAAACGAUUAUUUUCUACUAUUUUCAUUUGUGAUCGGCUUGGUAGUUCAUUUGCCCAUUGUUGGGACUGGUUGCCUACGCUUUGUUGCACUGUCGAAUUGAAAUUGUUAAGGCUGCCUGGUCAAAGACCAUACGUAUAGUCGAAUAAACCGACAUCGCCCAGUGAAUAGUGAUCACUGUCCUCUCGUUUCCUCUCCACUCGGACAAUUUCAGUGCCCUCUUUCAAUCAAGUGUGUUUCACUUCUCUCGUGGCCGUAUUCUUGUUCAGUGUUCCGGUCAUCCACAAUGGAAUCGAUUCUCAGGAGAAAAGGCACGUCUAUGAAUAGGCGUGGAUCUAUUUCUCAACUGUUACAUAUACAAAAACCCACAUUCUCAGUAUUUCAGGAACAACCUACUCGAUAUUAUGAUUUUGUGGACUCCCCCGGCUAUAAUGAGCCAUCAUCGCCUUCAGCCCAUCGUCAAUACAUUAGCCCGGAGCUCGAGUCAGACAUUAGAUAUGCUUGCUCAUUACUUGUAUACCGAAUUGAACGCGGCGUGCCGUCACCACCGGCCAACCAAUCAUCUAAGCCGUCGACACGUAUGGGAAACGAGAAAGGAGAACAUUCUAGCGCUGGACAAGGUACAACAGAACCGCAAAUUGACUCGAAAUACUUUUCACCAAAGGUUGGCGCCGAGGUUGCUGCCUUGAAAGAUAAACUCGACUCCGGUGUUGGGUUAACCCAGCAACCCAGCAGACAGACAAUGCGGUUAUUGAAGUCAUCUCAUUCCGAUGCACACCCCGACUCCGCUGAGCGCACAUCCGGAUCGUUGCUCAGCCAGGUAAGGAGCACUACCUCUGGCUCCGAUACCAGCCGUACGGAAAUUCCAAAUAGUCAAUCACUAGUCAAGGAUCCCCCACUGGAGAGAGUGCAAUCCAUGAUGGGGAGUUCCAUAGGAGCUACUCAAACGAAAGACCAGGAUACGAUGUCAUUCCUCGCUAGGAUGUGCAACUCGGGUCUAAGUACAGAUGAGGCAUUGGAAGAAGAAGUUUUUCUCAACCCUGACCUUGGCUUGGACUCGAACGGAAUUCCGAGCUUCACCUCACCUUCAGCAUUCCUUAGCAGCACUUCGCCAAGCUUUGGAGUCUCUAGUGGCCUUACUCAAAGUCGACAGCCCGAGAUAAUUGCCCAGUCGAGGCUCCUUGGAGAGAGACCAGGGACUAUGGCAGGACUAGACUCUCCACAAUCUGGCAAGGGUGAAAACGAGCCCGGAGUUAUCAUCGAUGGUAAUGGCUUCGCGCACAUUCUAACAGUUGCUGAAGAGGCGCAGCGUAACCUCGAUCUGCAACAAGCAGUCAUGGCAAAGAUGAAAGCUAACGCGGCUGAUUCUAACUCGAAUGCAUUGCCCCAGACACCAAAACAAGCCUUGCUGCACAAAAAUCCACAAUCAGAGCACCAGACAAUCCCUUCCAGACUCCAAACGUCCUGGUCACAUAGGAGCAAAGCAACUACGCCGAAUUGGAAGCCUCACACAGAAACACCUUCAUCCUCCAAUGAUAAACCUAACCUUUUCCAGAAGAUUGCCGGCUUUUUCAAAACGCGAAGGGGCCCUGGCCAAGCAAACCAUGCUCUGGUGGAGCAGCCCUUUGGCAUUACCCACUGAUAAUGCUUCAUUAUCAAUGAGUGUCGGGAA